AUGUUUCCCUUAGCCAGAAAUGCACUAAAUAGUCUCAAGAUUCAAAACAUUCAGCAAAUUAUGGCAAGAGCUCAAAAACAUUCACCAGGUUUUCAUGACAAAUAUGGUAAUGCUGUAUUAGCCAGUGGAGCCACUUUUUGGGUUCCUGUAUGGCUAUUUACAACCACACAAAUUGGAAUAGGAUGGAAUCUGUCCCCUGUUGGCAGAGUUGACCCAAAGAAGUAG